AUGCCAUGCCAUCCCGAUAUUGGUUCGACCCGGCCUUGUUUCCUCCUGAAGGCUGCAGCAGCAAGUAUCGGUGAGCCCUGCACCAGCAGGCGAGGGGUGGGUGAGCAGCAGGCGGGUGCGAGUAGCAGGGGAAGGGAGGACAUGGGAGCACAACCGAGCGAGACACAGUGUGGGUGCUUCGCUUCUCUUCACUGCCAUCCACCUGCUGCCCCCGAUAUGCGCGCAUCGUGGCACAGCGCGGCGCAGCUGAUGCACUUGCCCUCGCUCCGCCCUGAGGAGAGGGGUGCACGGCUGCUGUGCUUGCUUAUGUCAACCCAUGCCCCACUUAUCAUCCCCUCAUGCCCCACUUAUCACCCCCUCAUGUCCCACUUAUCACCCCCUCAUGCCCCACUUAUCACCCCCUCAUGCCCCACUUAUCACCCCCUCGUGCCCCACUUAUCAUCCCCCCUGCCCCACUUAUCAUCCCCCCUGCCCCACUUAUCAUCCCCUCAUGCCCCACUUAUCAUCCCCCCUGCCCCACUUUUCAUCCCCCCUGCCCCACUUUUCAUCCUCUUCAUCCCCCCCCAUCCCCGCCAUUUCGCCCCAAGCCCACCCCUUUCCCCCCCAAUGCUCCUGAAUCGUGUUUUCCACACUGGAAAAUGCGGGUGGGGCAAGAAGCUGACGUAUGUGUUUGGAGUGGGGAGGGAUGGGGUUGCUGACGUCAUCCGGAGAUACACACAGCAAUGGAGUGAGGUAGGGCAGAUCAGACCCAUUGCUCGACUCAGAGAAGCGAGAACCGUUGCUCGCUCUUAUGGACAAGCCAUUGCUCCGUUCCCCCCCACCUCCUCACCCACUCCUUCCGCUUCCCCCAACCACCCAUACCCUCUCCCACCCAAUCAGCUGCAACACAGGCGCACAGAGGCAUCAGAGGCGGCUGUAGCAGCGGCGGUGGCAGCGGUGACAGCAAGAGCUCGAGCUAGCCUUACUGUGGAUGAGAGGAGGCGGUUGGAGGAGGGGGAUGCAAAGGAGAGAGAGGAGCUGAGUGGAGUGAGGGGAGGAGGGAAGGAGGGAGGACGGGAGGGAGGGGAGAGGGAUGGUGUGGUGUUGGGAGGGAGGCAGACCGGUUCUGUGGAGUGGAGAGCAGCAAGGGGGGAACUGGGGUUGGAGAGUGGUGAGGGUGAUGGGGGGGACAGGGGGAAAGAGGGGAAGGAUGGGAGGUUGGAGAGGAGGAUGGUGGAUGAGCAUGUGGGUGCACUGCUGCUUGCUGUAGAGGACAUGUGUCGUGAUGUUAUUGGCUCUCCAAGUCUUGAAGCAGCAGCAGCAGCAGCGCAGAAGUCGCUAGGCACAUCUUUAGACGCUCUCCUCUCUCUGCUCUCUGUUCUCCGCUCGCUCCCCUUCCGCUCCCGCUCUGUGCCACUCAACGACAAACGAUGCUAUCCCUUUUGCACGAUACUCUUGGAUGCACUGCGUCUCAAAAUUCUACUUCUAUCAUGCUGCUGCUGGUUGGAUCGGUUACGGCUGGACGCUGCAGCAGCAGCACUGCUUGCCUUGGCCCUUGCCCACACACCAAGAGCAGCGGCAGGAGAGAGCAUGUGCGUGGUUGUGGCUGAGUGGCUUCUUUUUCCCCGUGCUUCUCUCCCCGUCUUCCUCUCCUUCCCUCCCCGCGCCAGGCCCUUGCCCACACACUAA